CGUCUAGAAGUGGCUAGUCAUCAGAAGAAAGUGAAGGGCAUUUCAGCACGUUUACGAGAUUUUAGAAUCGAGAAACGUCAAGUUGGAGUGCCAAGCGGUGCUAGUCAUUAUCGGCAAGUGAACUUGCGUUUAUCUCAAAUCUAUCUGAGAAUCAGCCAAAACAAGCGUAUCAAAGAUUUUCUUGUCAAUUCACUUACCAAUGUGCAUCUAAGUAGUUUACUGCGCAUCGUUCGACGACGACUGAUCUGUGAUCAAACACUGAUCAAGUUGUUCAAGCAGUUAGCUGAGUCGGCGCCUCCGGAUUAUAUGCUCUCGGAUGCAGAUCCUGUUGCAGCCAAAGCCAUUGUUACGUUCAAAAUUGCUUAUCACAAGAAUGUCGUCUGCUUCUUUUAUCAGCUUCGGACACGAAUACCGAAAGCGAUAAUUCAGCCAGUGAUAAUAUCUCUGCUGAAAUACUCACUCGUCCCUCAUCGUCUCGAAAAGUAG